AAGUUGCAAACAAAUAUCCAACGACUGACAAUGGCCGAGAACAAAUUAAGAGGGCAGAAGUCCAGGAAUGCAUUUCACGUAGCCAGCCAAAAAAACUUUAAGGCUAAAAACAAAGCAAAACCAGUUACCACUAAUCUUAAGAAGAUAAAUAUUAUGAAUGAUGAAAAAGUUAACAGAGUGAAUAAAGCUUUUGUAAACAUACAAAAGGAACUCGCACACUUCUCAAAAGGCCUUUCUCUUGAUCCUGUGCGGAAAGAAUUGAUUCCUCAGCGGCGUCAUGAAAGUGAAUCAGUUAAUGUUGAUGAAGCUACAAGAUUAAUGGCUCUGUUGUAAUACAGUGGUGCUGCAUCUAAUUCCCCAAAAAGACCAAUAAAUUAAAUGUUUUAUACAAA